CCACUCGACGACGUUAUAUUCUUGCCUCUCAUUUAUUUUAUUUAUGUACCGACUGUCGCUGCGCAGCUCCAAAAGCAAUGGUGCUUACAAAUUUUAGUGGACCUGGUGUUGGAUUCGGUUUCGGUGUUGGUUGUGGCUUUGGCGUAGGCUGGGGUUUUGGGGGCAUGCCUUUGAAUAUUUUGGGUCUUGGUGCAGGUGCAGGCUGUGGGGUUGGCCUAGGCCUUGGAUGGGGCUUUGGCACUGCCUUUGGGAGCCAGUAUAGGUCAUCUACUGUCACAUUCCAGGGCAUGGAAUUGGCCAAAAAAGAAGAAAGUGAUGACGAUCAGUCUUGAGUAUUUGUUAUGAAGCAAAGUUUAUGCAUUUCUUGUGUUUUUUUCCCUCCUUUUUUUCCUAUGAAGUUUCCAAUUGUCAUGGCACUGUAAAAAAGAAGCAGCAGCUUGCUCUUCAACCUAUUUCUAUGUUCAAAGUACUGUAGUGUCGAAAUCCCAUUGUUCAAUUUAAUGGAACAUAGAAAUUCUACAUGCCAGGAUAGUUUGUACGUCUAUGAAAUAAAUGAUGAUUUAAAAGCCGAAA